UUUUAUUAGUAACCGCCGAAGCACGUGUGAAAUAGUUGCACAUUUUAAGUUUAUUUUCAAGUGUUUCUACACACAAAAAGGAGCUUAAGAAAAUGGCAACAUCUUUGGCUCAACAACUACAAAAGUUGGCUGCACCGCAGACAUCUCUUCCUAUAGCGGAUGCACGCAGUCGUGCCUCAAUAUUAUUCAGUCCAAAAGAAGCAGCGACUAAAGAUAGGCGAGCUAUCUAUGAAAUCGGACUCAGUGGAUUGCUGGAGCUAACGGCGUUUAACCCGACAUUCAAGGAGUUCCAGCUGACGCUCUUCGAUGAGGCCACACUCACGUUAGAGCGCGCUGUCGAGCAGUCAGAUGUCAACAAGUUGAUCGAUGCGGCUAUUGCAAAAUUUCUGCGUCUAUUGUCGCCAUAUUUUCUGUUGCGCCCGGCGCAUAUGUGCUUUGAGUGGCUGUUGCGCCGUUUCCAGGUGCACGAGUACAACCGACAGGAGGUAAUGGCCCUGAUAAUGCCCUACCAUGAGACAAACACAUUUGUGCAGGUGCUGCAGACGAUGCGAUUGCGUCAAUCGGACGAGGAUUGGUUCUGGCUGCGUCCCCUGCAACGACCCGGCGUUCCGCUCUCCAAAACCACAAUAGUUAAUCGUGCAUCGAGCGUGCCCGCCUUCCUUAGCUUCAUCUGCCGCAGCACACGCAAAGCUGUCAAGGAGCUCGGACCGCGCGCUCAUCAGCUGCAAGCGCAGCUAAAUUUCUAUGCCACUGUUGUUGUGGGUGCUCUGCAAACGGCCAAGCCGCUACAGGAUUGGCAUAUUGGCACCAUAUUAGAGACGCUGCUGAAGGGUCUCGUCUCGGACACUGUAGACUAUGUGGCUGCCUCCUAUGUGAUUGUGGCCCAACUCGUCUCGCGUACCAAGCUCAAGACAAAAGUCUGUGAUGCGCUACUCGAGCGGGUGGCCAACUGCACCUUCGAGCGUCUGCAUACAACUGCGCUGCUGCUGCUCAUCUGGAUACACGACAAACAGCAGGCAGCUUGCCCACAAUUCACGCCAAAAACCAUGUUGAAUCUGGUCUGCCAGAAGUGGUUAAUCACUUCGCUGGCCUCGCUCGCCAAGGAGAAUAUUGCUAUUUCAGCGAUUUGCAUGCCACUAAUGCGUGGCGCCGUUGCGGCUAUACGAGAGGGCGAUGCGUCCGCAUCUUCACAUCAGGAGUUCCUUGACAAUCUCAUCAGCGAGGUGCCCUUCUCCAAGCUCAGCGCACAACAGCUAAUCAAUUGCUUCCUGGACACUUAUGUAGACAUGGAAACUGAGAAUGGACCGGAAUCAAUGGACACAACCACCAAUGACAAUGAGGACGAUACUAUUAUCAUUGACUCUGAUGAUGAAAUGGAGCCGAUCAAAAACAAUUUCCAGACUUGGUAUACAGAGUUUCUGGAGAAGCUCGAACGUCGCUAUCCGGAAGCAUUCGAUUUGAGCGUCAAGGCAUCUUUGAGGGCCAAAUCCAAGACUAGCAAUCGACAGAAGGCUUUAAAACUGGCAUUGGGCUUUCGAUUAAACACCACGGACGAGAAGGCGAAACGUGCCUAUGAAAAGCUCUAUCAUUACAGUUCUGAUUUUCGACUAGGCGCUGUGCAGCAGCUGCUGCAGAACUUGAAGGUGCCCAAGAAGCGUGAGCGCAGCUAUUGCCUACUGCAGGAGUGUCUGCCUGAUCGUAUUAAAGACGACAGUCCCGCUGUGGUAUCGGCGCUACUGGUGCUGCCCACCGUUGACUUUGUGGAGAUGCUGGGCGCUGAGCCAUUUGCCCAGACGCUGUGUGAGCUGUUGCAUCGAGCGCAGCAGCAGCGACAAACGCAGUGGGAUUCGGUGGUGCCGCAAGCGGUGCAGCAUCUAACCACAGCCGCUGUGAGCGAUAAUUAUGAUACGAACCUGUUGCUCUUGGCACUGAUGCCCUAUCUGUUUCCCUGCGAUGCAUUGAGCCCCAGGGAGCAUGCCGCUUUGCUAAUUAUAUUGAGCAGUAAUUUUGUGAGCAAGCUGCCCUUCCUGGAGCAGCUGAACGUGAGCAGCGAGCAUGGAGAGUUCAAUGUGUGGGAACAUCGUAAACAGUUUCUGGACGUCAUUGCCGACGUUCGGCAGCCGGGCAAGCAGCAACUGGCGCUGCUCGAGAGUGUGGAGCAGCACGGUGGCGUUGACUAUCUGCGCAGCGAGGCGUCCAAGCUGACGCAUUUACUGCUGCUGCUCACAGCCUAUGCAAAGCGUGAACUGAGCGCAGCCGAGAGUCUGCACAUGCUGCAGCGCUUGGACGUCUUCAGUCGCGGCUUUCAGUUUCGUUUAGCCAAGGAGGGAAGCGACAACAGCCACAAAAAUUUUGUGCCAUUGCAGCUAUACGUUGACUUUUUACAAACGCUAGCCAAGAAUACAAAGUUCUCUGAAUUGGCCAAUCUGCCGUGGACACAGGUCAAUGAAGAACUGCGUCUGUGCUUGCUGCUGUUAGACGCGCUGUGCAGUCGAGUCUAUGCCGAAAACUGUCCGCCAGCUGAGCGCAGGGAGUGGACGCGUGCGCUCAAGAAUUGUCUCAAUCAUAUGCUGCCGGAGGCACAGGAAAAACUGGAAUUCCUCUGCAAUUUCUAUGUCUAUGAGGAGCUACCUCAGCUGUACAGCAACGCCUCUGACUAUGCACUUCUACGCGUGCGAGGCUUUCAGCUGCUGCAGGCAGUGCUGCGACCACGUCCAUUUGCAGUCAACUGCAGCUUGAUGCAUGUGCUGCGCAUUGCCAAUGCCUGCAACUCGCCGUUGCAAACAUUGCGCCAGCAGGCGAUAGCCACUCUGCAACUGAUCGAACUUAAGGAGCUGGAAACGCACGUAGCGCAUCUAGUGCAGUGUCUGCUGCUCCGCCAGAGCGAACUGUGCAUGGAUCACGAGCAAUACGCGCUCAUACUGCACACCAUUCUACAGAGCAGCAAGAGCACUCCGCGCGAGAAGAUGCUGCUGGUAAAGCUGCGGCGCACACUGCUAGAGCUGGUCUGCGAUGUCACACAGCCGGCCAUUUGUACGGCGGCGCUGCUGAAGGCGCUGAAGCACAUGAACAAUGAGACACUGCUGACGGCGCUGCUGCCAUUAGGCGAGGCAGCACUGCAGGCGGUAGUCAAACAUGAUCACAGCUCGGAUACACCACAGCUGGAGCAGCUAAAUUGGCCACAUAGCGACAUCUAUUGCGCUGUCAUCGAACGCUUCGAAGGAGCUGCGGGAUUAGCUGUGCUCGGACAGAAGCCUGCCGCCUGGCAGCUGCUGGAGGCUAGCUUCAAGCGCUACACCACCUACGUGCAGCUAGAACAGAAACUGCAGCCGCUGCCCUGUGUCCUGCUGAACUCGUUGACGCCGGAGUCCUACGAGCGGCUGCAGAGCCAGCACAAGGUGGCGCUAAUGCAGCUUAUAGUGGAAGCAGCGACUGCAUCCGACAACGAUAGCAUCUUCCUAUCUGCCCAUCGUCUGCUCAAGCGCUGCACCAUCCAGUGCAAGCCCCUGGUCAGCAUGUUGUCCAGCAUGUGCAGCAAGAGCACGCGCAUUGUGGCGCCCAAGCAACCGGAACGUCGACGUGACGCACCGAAUACCAAGCUGGACUUAACUUGCGUCACCUGGAAGCAGGGCAUGACGCUGCUCGAGCUGCUGGAGCACAAAAAUCAACUGGUUGGCGCCGAGCUACUCAUACCUCAGCUCUUCGAACUGCUGCAGCUGUGCCUGACGCUGGAGGAGCACAGCUCAGCGGAGUAUCCCAAACAGCUAAUCCUAUCCAGCCUGUUGCACUGCUGCGAUGUGUCGCAGGCAGCUGGUGUGGAGCUGUCCAAGGUGCUGCCUGAAUCCUGUUUCCGCAUCGAGCAGGUGGUGCUGUGCCUGCGCAACACACAGAAUCCGCAAACGCAACAGCAUGCGCUGCUCUUCUUGACCCGCUGCGCUGCACUGUAUCCCCAGCAAGUGCUGCACAAGAUUGUCGAGAUAUUCACCUUUGUGGGCUCCACAGUGGCGCGCCACGAUGACGCCUUCAGUCUGCACAUCAUCAGGAAUGUUGUGGAGACUAUUGUGCCCACUCUGCUGCUGCAGUCGGGCGAGCAGGGUGAGCGCCUGGUCAUAGCCGUGUUGAAGGUGUUUGCGGUCAUUUGCACAGAUGUGCCAGUUCAUCGUCGUCUGCCGCUCUACGAGACGCUCUUUCGAGUGCUCGAUCCGCGCCAGCAUCUCUGGCAAUUCCUUUGCAUUGUCUUCGAAUCGCAAAUGCUGCUGGAGCAGGCGCCAGUCAAAGCCGGCAGCAAGACGGCCAAGCCGCUGGACAAGACGCGCGUGGAGUUUGCUCGUGAGUUGACGCUGAUGUUUGAGCAACCCGAGGUUAUAUUGAAUACGUGUGCGCAUCUGCUCGACUAUCUGACCAAGCUGCCCAUCAGCAAAGAGUCGCAAACCAAAGCAGCCAGCGGAGCUAGCAGCAAUGUCUCACCAGAGCAACAGCUCUUCGAUCUGCGCUCGCGCAGCUUCAAGCAGCUGCGACACUACAAAUACCUCAUCAUGGAUUACCUGUCGGGACUGAGCAGCUCCGCUGAGUUCCAGGCCAAGGUGGGCAGCACUAAGAAGUCCCAGCUGACUGAGCUGAAACCGCUCUACCAGGACUUCAUACUCAAGACGCUUGCCUAUGUGGGCGUAGUCAACAAUGCGCUCAAGUUGGCAGCGGGCACGCCCUCGCUGGAGAAGUAUUGGCGUGUGCUGGCUAACCAUGUGCACGAUGUGCUGGACAAUGCCAUCGGUCUGCUCUCGCCCGCAUACUUCCUCAAUGUGAUCACCGAGCUGCUGCAGCACGAGCUUAUCUAUGUGCGCAUCAAGGUGCUCGAGCUGCUGGUCACCAAGCUGUCCCCGCCCGCCGACUACUUUACCCAGUGCCAUGUGCAGCAUUUCGGCAUGCUUUUCGAGCCACUGGGCGCCAUCAUUGACGGCGUGCUGGAUAACACAGGCGGCAGCAAUGCGCAGCAGGCUCAGCUGCAGCAGUCGGCACUGCAUGCCAUGCAGCUGCUGGCCCAUUAUCAUGGACGCGAAUAUGUCGAGGAAUGUCGCACGCUGCUGGCCAAGCUGACGCGCAUCGCCAAGCGACGCGCCAAUGUGCCCAAGGCUGUGAUCGGCAAUGUGGUGCUGACGCUCGUCGAAAUCUGUGGCAGCAUCAAGGCGCACGCGCUUGCCCAGCUGCCCAAGUUUGCUCCACAGUUGACCGAACUGCUCAAGGAGCAGGUCCAAAUGCUGCUCACCCAACGGCAGACACCCGACUAUGUCUGCUCUGCUCUGGUCACUGCGAUGCACAAGCUCUUCCUGACGCUGCCUCUGUUCCUGGGUCCCUACUUGGUGGACAUUAUUGGCGCCCUAAUAAGACUCUCCGUGCAGCUGGAGAGCCCGCAACUGUUGCAGGACAAGCGCACGCAGGCGCUCAAGCUGCGCAUCGUAGACGUGUGGACGGCGGUGGCGCAGGGUGUUGAGGCGCGUAUUCUGGUGCCCAGCUGCGCCAAGACCUAUGCUAGUCUGUUGGAAGCGCAAGCCUACGAUGAGCUGGGCAUGCUUAUGCAUCAACUACUGCUACCCUGCAUCAAGCACAAUGGAAACGCUGAACUGGCGCCUGUACAAGAGGCGCUCGCCGAGCUGUUCCUCCAGGCGCUCGAGUUCCGGCUGCAGGUGCGCGGACGUCAGCUGCAGCGGCAGCGCGUGGCGCAAAUUGAGGCGUCCGUGAGUGAGACUUUCGUUGCCUGGAUACUCAAGCUGUCCGAGACGAGUUUCCGGCCCAUGUACGGCAGGGUGCACAAGUGGGCAAUGGAGCGGAGUGAUCUGGAGCCGCAGCUUACCUAUUUCCUGUUGACUAAUCGCAUUGCCGCAGCGCUCAAGUCUCUGUUCGUGCUCUUCGCCGGCGACUUUAUCACGGAUGCUGCUCGACUGCUGCAGGAGCACAACACAUUGCACCAGGAGGUCUCAGAUGGUGUGGACGUGGAGGACAUUGUCGAACUGCUGGCUGCUAUACUCAGCACACUGCAUCACGUCUUCCUGCACUGCAGCAAUGACUUUAUCAACGAUCAUCGCUUCCACACGCUGAUGCCCCCACUCGUAGAUCAGCUGGAGAACAGCUUGGUGCUGGCCAGCGAUCGCGAGCAGCUGCAGCAAACGCUGAGCGACUGCAUUGCCCAGCUGGCCGCUGCUACCAACGAUGUGCUAUGGAAGCAGCUCAACAAUCAGGUGCUGCUCAAGACGCGCACCAGCACGCCCGAAGUACGCAUCCUGGCCUUCAACACCAGCGUGGCCAUUGCUCGCAAGCUGGGCGAAAGCUUUGCCCCGCUGCUGCCCGAGACUGUGCCAUUUAUAGCCGAACUCCUGGAAGAUGAGCACGAGCGUGUCGAGAAGAACACACGCAGCGCUGUGCAGGAAUUGGAAACGAUUCUGGGCGAAUCGGUGCAGAAAUAUUUAUAAGCUCAACUUAAUGCCGACAUCUCUGGUAAUACUUCUUGAGUUGUAUACAAAAACUUCUUUGUACGCAAAGAUCUUUUAACUGAAUUACCUGAAAUACGGUAAAUUUACAGAGCAUCUAACUCUUAUUAAUAUAUGAUUUAUAAUUUUAUUCAAAGACACGUAAAUAAAGUAUUUUUG